GAUAACAAAUUUCAGGAAGUAUUUGAAGCAGCAUGUUUCCCAUAGUUCAGUAUACUGGUUGGGUUUUACAAGCUGUCAGCUUUUAGUAUGAAAUAUGCUGACCAUAUAGACAAAAGCACCAACAUCAGCACGAGAGGAAUGAAAUGUGAAUCAAGGAAUGGCAAUACAUAAGAAUGGCUUGAUGGUUGUUCUCCUCUUGGCAAUGUUCUGCAUUUUGGAAACAGGAAACAUCAUCAAAUCGUUAAGCAUGGAGUCAUUGCAUCAGGUACACUCUGGAGAACAACACCUUAUUAGGGAGAAAAGACAGCUGUUCGGCGCCUCUACGAAUGAUGUGUUCACUGAAGGCACAACUGAAACAACUUUCCCAUCAGAAACAACCCAAGCACCAACAACUGUAACAAAUACUAUGACAACUGUAACAAAUACUCAAAUUCCAGAAGAGACGACUGUAACAAAAUAUCCAACAACUGGACCACCUACAAUUGUAACUAAUGCUACAACAACCCAAGCACCAACAACUGUAACAAAAGCAACAACAACCCAUGCUCCAACAACUGUAACAAGUACUACAACACAAUCACCGAGGACUGUAACAAAUGCUACAACAACCCAAGUACCGACAACUGUAACAAAUAUUAUGACAACGCAAUCACCGACAACUGUAACAAAUACUCCAACUCCAGAAGAGACGACUGUAACAAAAUAUCCAACAACUGGACCACCUACAAUUGUAACUAAUGCUACAACAACCCAAGCACCAACAACUGUAACAAAUACUAUGACAACUGUAACAAAUACUCAAAUUCCAGAAGAGACGACUGUAACAAAAUAUCCAACAACUGGACCACCUACAAUUGUAACUAAUGCUACAACAACCCAAGCACCAACAACUGUAACAAAUACUAUGACAACUGUAACAAAUACUCCAACUCCAGAAACGACUACUGUAACAAAAUAUACAACAACUGGACCACCUACAAUUGUAACUAAUGCUACAACAACCCAAGCACCAACAACUGUAACAAAUACUAUGACAACUCAACCAUUGACAACUGUAACAAAAGCAACAACAACCCAAGCACCAACAACUGUAACAAAUACUACAACUCCAACUACUACGACAAUGCAAUCACCGACAACUGUAACAAAUACUACAACUCCAAAAAAUUUAACAAAAUAUACAGCAACCCAAGCACCAACAACUGUAACAAAUACUACCACUCAAUCACUGAGAGCUGUAACAAAUGCAACAACAACCCAAGCACCAACAACUGUAACAAGUAUGACGACAACGCAAUCACCGACAACUGUAACAAAUACUACAACUCCAAAAACGACCACUGUAACAACUACUACGACAACUGUAACAAAUGCUACAACAACCCAGGCACCAAUAAUUGUAACAAAUACUACAACUCCAAAAACAACCACUGUAACAACUACUACGACAACUCAAUCAUCGACAACUGUAACAAAUGCUACAACAACCCAAGCACCAACAACUGUAACAAAUACUACCACUCAAUCACUGAGAGCUGUAACAAAUGCAACAACAACCCAAGCACCAACAACUGUAACAAGUACGACGACAACGCAAUCACCGACAACUGUAACAAAUACUACAACUCCAAAAACGACCACUGUAACAACUACUACGACAACUGUAACAAAUGCUACAACAACCCAAGCACCAACAACUGUAACAAAUACUACAACUCCAAAAACAACCACUGUAACAACUACUACGACAACUCAAUCAUCGACAACUGUAACAAAUGCGACAACAACCCAAGCACCAACAACUGUAACAAAUACGACAAAAACAACUUCUCCAACGUUUGAUUAUGAAUACCUCAUCUCUGUUGAGCUUAACGUCACAGAAUUGAGCACGAUAACCUCUCUCCGAAACAUUCUGAAAAACACCAGUUAUCCAAUAGACAUCAACAGCAACUUAAGAAUCUCCGAUAUCAACAUAACCACAGUUUGCAGUCCAAGCAACGGCGAUUUCCAGUGCGGAUGUGAGGAUCAGUAUCGUUGGUCAUGUGACCAGUGUCUUCUGCAUGGAUCAUGUGACAACAUCACAAAUAACACAUGUGGAUGUAUUAAUGCCAUUCCUCCUUUUGGACAAUAUUGCCAAUCUGUUGAUCAAUACAAUUUUCCAGCUUGUCCUCCAACAACAACGUCUCCCACAACAACUUCUCCUCCAUUUGAGCAUGAAUACCUCAUCUCUGUUGAGCUUAACAUCACAGAAUUGAGCGGGAUAACCUCUCUCCGAAACAUUCUGAAAAACACCAAUUAUCCCAUAGACAUCACCAGCUACUUAAAAAUCUCAGAUAUCAACAUGACAACAGUUUGCAGUCCAAGCAAUGGCGAUUUCCAGUGCAGAUGUGAGGAUCAGUAUCGCUGGCCAUGUGACCAGUGUCUCCUGCAAGGAUCAUGUGACAGCAUCACAAAUAAUACAUGUGGAUGCAUCAAGGGCAUUCCCCUUGGCGGACAAUAUUGCCAAUCUGUUGAUGAGCACAACACUGUUUGUCCCAGCACGACAACCUUUCCUACAACAUUGUACACAACUGUAACAACAUCCUCAUCAACAACUUCUGUAACAAAUGCUACAACAACCCAAGCACCAACAACUGUAGCAAAUACUACAACUCCGACAACUUUAACAAAUACUACAACUCAAAGAACGAAAACUGUAACAAACACUACGACAACUCAGUUACCGACAACUGUGACAAAUACUACAACUCGAAAAACGACAACUGCAAAAAAUACUACAACUCAACCACCACCAACAACAAUAACAACUGCUUCUACAAGAAAGCCAAGACCGGUAAACACGACAGUAUCAACAACUACAACUACCUCUAAGACUAUGACGACCACUAAGGCUACCACGACUAAACCCUCAACCAUAACUUCUACCACCAGUACAACUCCUCCAGAUCCACCCACAACCACUCCUGAAACAGUGUUCCAGUUAGAUUUCUCCAUCCGGUUUGACAGAGUUUACACUUCAGAUCUGAGCGAUCCAAACAGUUCUGCUUAUAAGGAUCUGGCGUCACAGAUCAGGGCCGUGCUACUUGACCAAUAUGGAGGACUAACAGGAUUUGUGGAUACUUUAGUGACAGGUUUCAGGCCAGGAAGCGUGAUUGCAGAUUUUAUUGUUCAAACAUCACAACUUGACCCGGAAGAUCUUUCUGUGGUGAAUCAGGCCCUCCCUGAGGCAAUGCGACCAAUCGCGAGAGUCCUUGGCCUUGUUGCAUUUUACAGGAGUCCAACUCGAUUCAUUACUCCACCCGUGACAUAUACUGGAAGGUCAAUAGAAUUGACAUGUGGCCCCACUCCUGCUAGCGUUAAUUUAGGAAACAUCAUUGGAACGAAAUGGAAAUUAAAUGGACAAGAACUCAAAGAGAAUGGACGAAUUAAAAUUUCUUCAUCUGCAACAGCGUCUGUGGUUAAAGUUAGCAAUGUGAUUCUUGCCGAUGCUGGUCUUUAUGAAUGCAAUAGAAUUGGCAGUGCUGUGACUUUUGUGCAAAACGGACGAGCAAUAAAUAUCAGACAAGCUCCAAAUGUGCGUGUACCAAGCAAAGUCAAUCUUAAGUGUACAGAGGGGAGAACACAGCUACUUAAAUGUUGUGUGCAGUCCAACUUUAUUGUCAGAUGGUUUCUGGGCAGCCGCGUUUUAGAAUCGGAUUUGACAGAUGUAGAUGAAGUGGAAAGCUACUGCAUUUCACAUCGCUAUGUUCUGAGUGGCUGCGGAAAUUUGCCAUCCCAAUUGCGCUUUACUUGUCGAGUAAACAAUCCAGUCGGCUUUGAAGAGACAACAACAAUGGUCAUUUUUAAUGAAGAUAUUAUAUGUAAUGAUGAGUUGUAUGGGGCUGGAAGAGCAGAUGACAUAUCAACCAUAGCGUGCGAUUCUGGUCAAGAGGGGAGCAGAUCUGCAGAAUGCAGGGAUACAGGAGAAUGGAUUCUUUUGGAAGACACUUGCAUUGUGUCUGAAAUCAAGGACUUGGUCGUCGUUUCUGAGGAUUUAGAGGAAGAGGAAGUACCACAAAUUGCUGCAAAUCUUAGUCAAAUUGUCCAGGAGGAAAAAGAACAGAUUGUGAAUUCAUCUGCAACUAUAUCAGCUAUUGUUGGCAUCCUGAGCGCCAUUGCCAAUGUUUCUAAUGAAGUGAAUCGAACUGUCAUGGAGAAUGUGCUGGAAACAGUAGAUAUCAUCAUUGGUGACGGCGCAAGAGAAACUUGGGAGUUCCUGCGAGAAAAUAUCACUCGCAACGACAGCUCAGAAUUGCUUAAUUCACUGGAGAUUAUAUCUGAUGAAUUAAUUGGAGAGUUUACCAUCAGAACUGAAUUAAUCCUGCUCAACACGACGACGUUCAAUGACUCCUUUACGGCGGAAUUCAAUAAUAGCGUUGUUAUUGAUAUUCCAGGCAAUGACAGAAACAAUCUCACCAUCACCACGAUUGUUUUCUCCACCCUCGAUAAUGUCCUGCCACCUCGGAAUUCCAGCUUCAACAACACGUCCAUAGACACCGCCAACACAUCUGCUUCUUUUGAUACCACCAUUAAUGCUGCUGUGGCACUUGUCAGAGUAAACACAAAUAUUCAGAAUAUUACUUUGAGUUUCAAAAAGCAGAACGAUUCGCUGACACGGAAUCCACAGUGCGUUUUUUGGAACUUCACCCUUAUUGAGAAUUUAGGAGCAUGGGACGACGAGGGUUGCACGUUAGUUUCUGAUAUCAACGACACGGUGACCUGCAAUUGCAACCAUCUCACCUCUUUCUCAAUUCUAAUGGCAACGGAUAUCCCUGAAUCAAUACGAAUCGCUUUGGAUGUUAUCACGUACGUCGGAGUUGGCAUAUCUAUCGCAAGUCUCAUCAUAUGUCUCAUCAUCGAAGCCUACGUUUGGAAAGCCUUGACGAAAAACAGCACUGCGUUCAUGCGCCACGUGUGCAUCGUAAAUACGGCGCUGUCUUUACUGAUUGCAGAUAUUUGUUUCAUAAUUGCCGCUUUUUAUGCCAAGAAUCCCCUUGAAAACCCAGAUGAGGACCACCAAGUUCCACUGGGACCAUGUACGGCAGCCACAUUUUUUAUGCACUUUUUUUAUCUGGCUCUCUUCUUUUGGAUGCUUGCGUCUGGUCUCCUUCUUUUCUAUCGAACCAUUAUGGUCUUCUCUCAUAUGUCCAAAUCAGCCAUGUCGGCCAUUGCUUUUCUUUUUGGCUAUGUGUGCCCUCUCAUAAUUGCUGUUGUUACUGUUGCUGCCACAGCCCCUGGAAAUGGAUAUAUCCGAGAAAACGAUGCAUGUUGGCUGAACUGGACAAAAACCAAAGCCCUGCUGGCUUUAGUGAUACCGGCCUUGACGGUAGUUUUUAUAAAUUUUGUGAUUGUAAUUGUGAUUAUGUUUAAAAUGCUGAGAAGAGGUACAGUACAGGUAACUCGUCCUGAUGAAAAGCACUCACUGCUGGUCGUUGCCAGAUGUGUGAUCAUUUUGACACCUUUAUUUGGAUUAACGUGGGCUUUAGGAGUGGGAACCAUGAUAUCGUCCACAAAUGAGGGAAUCCACAUUGCGUUUGCCUUCUUCAAUUCUCUACAGGGUUUCUUUAUUUUAGUGUUUGGGACAUUGCUGGAUUCAAAGAUCCGAGCUGUUCUCUCCAAAAAGCUUCCAGCGCUAAGCUCAGGCUCUGGCUCCAAUCAAACUGCAAGUACAAGUGCUGGUGUGUCGACGUCAAGUGCUCCGAAAUGGUUACAAAAACUACGCGGGAAAAGAUAUGUAUACCGUGUAUCAGAGGCUGGAAACACAAGCAGCUCUAGUGGCACCGAGUCAUAUUCCAAUAUCUGAAUCAGAUGAAUAAUGACUCAUAAAAUCGUGUUAACUUUAGAUUAAGAAAAAUUAUCUCUCAGUAUGAUUUAGUGCAAUGUUCUCUGAACAUAUUUCAUUUUUGUGUAGUGCCUCUCUAACUUGCUUAAGGUACAAUGUGUUUAUACUGUUAAACUUAACCGAAGUUUGAGUGCAGAAAUAAAAAUUGUGUGUUUAUUCUGAAUUGAAA